UUACCGAGUCGGGGAAAAUUCUGUUGUCGAUCGUGUUGAAAAUCAAAUUGAAAUUGCAGUUACCGUGUCAUAUGGAACUUUGCCAAUUAUCUCGCUCGAUAAUUGCGUUACGUUAAACCGCUGGAUCUAAUGGACUCUGUGUAGCACCGAGACUGAUUAAGAGAUAAUUGCGAUUUCUACGCGGGUUCACGCGACGACAGUUGGUAACGGGGCAUCGUGGCGAAAUAGAUUUGAUUAAACGCGAGCGAAGCGUGGGAGCAUCCUCUGGCCCGGAUGCUCGUGAAAUUCUACCGUCUGCGCGACCGGUUCCAUUAGCGUGAAUCAAAGUUUAAGGCCCCUUUCUACUGCAGGCUCGAGGCCGAACGGCUCGGGCGUGCAGCGCUUGAGUAAAUUUUCUUUAUCCGCCUCUACAUCUGGACUUUCGAGCGGGACAACCGUGCAUUUCGCACGGUCUACCUUUAUAGUAUAAAUUGCCUCGUGAAAGUUAUCUCAUCGUGAUGUAGAACCGUUUGUUGUCCUAUGUAGAAGAAAAAUGCUUCUCUCAGAGGGUUCCAAAUUGCACGCUCAGAUUUAACUGCGAUUGUGCGGUUAGGCGACACACGUUGGGGAAGAUUUCGGGUCGACUGAUCAUGCCCGUCCUCCUCAUCGCUUGGGAACAAGGGAACAGCUAAGAUGUCGUUAAUCCAAGCGAGGUGAUAAUCGCAAGGUAAAACACGACCGAUUCUCGUAGGUCACACAUAUGUGACAACCUUCUCGCAAACUCGCCGGGAUACUUAGCAAUUAAUUUGGCACUGAACUUGAGACUAUUUUGGACUCUUAAUCGACGAAAACGAGUUCUCAGCCAACUAAUACGACCCUCGACGGUUCGAGAACUCGACCCUCGAGAACUUUAACGAGAAAAUCCUCGAAAAAUAAUAGACAGGUCGGACUUUAUGCUGAUUAAGCAGGUACGCCAGGUCGCAGAAGAUGCACGGCUGCGAGGCGCGUUUUACGGCUUUUCAAUGAUUCGAAAAGCAUUGGGCAAUCGAGCAAGCCGAAACUCUCGUCGAACAUUCGGCGCGGCCGUUGCCGAGGGGCUGCCUUUUACCGCACACCGCAACCCCUUUGUCCUUCCUUUCGGUCGAGCCGUUCUUUCACAAUGAUCCACUCUCCCCUCUCUCUCGCUCUCUCUGCCCCGACUCUCCCGGCCCGUCGCUCCUUCUCGCUUACGCCUCGUGUCGCUCUAGUUCCUCCUGUUCGCUCCGCUCGUCUCGAGCGGCGAGCUACGGCUAGGUCUGCGUCGGCGCCGACGGCUGGGGGAAUCAGCGGUGUUGCCAGUUCGGGCGAACCGGCGGUUGCCACGAGGAGAGAGUCCACGGUAGAGCCGUCCGGAUCUCCGACACAGUCGCUUUUUGCUUUUGACGCGCGGCGGGCGACGCGGCCGGUCGCCGUAGCGCGAUAUGCACGAGCGUGUCAUGUGACACGCGUGACAAGUGGUGCGCGCCGCGGCGUUGCUGCACGACGCGACACGGAUAGGCGGCUUUCGUUGGAAAUAUAAGGAGAAAGAAAGAGGAAGAGAUAGAGAGAGGGAAAGGAGAGAAAGAAAGAGAGAGAGAGAGAGAGAGAGAGAGAGAGGUAGAGAGAGAAAGCGUGACUGGGAGAGGGAAAGAGGAGGUGAAGGGCGCGCUACGAAAGAAAAUAACGCGUGUUGCGUGCGUGUGUGCGUGAGAGAGACCCAUCGGUGCCGGCUUCACCGCGGCGAACUGGUAUUCCCCCGCGAUUUCGUACGGUGCUCCUCGUGCAGUACCGUGGAGCAAUUAUGUUACCGGUGCGACGCGGCGACGGCACCGACGGACGACACGCCAGUAGCACCAUCAUCCACCUCGCUACCCUCAACAUCAGCCGCAGCGUCACCAGGAGGCCCUGCAUGAGACACCGCAGCGGUUACCUCGCGAACGGUUAGAACCUUCUUUCCGACGGGCCACUCCUCGUCGUGUUACCCGUCUCCCGCUUUUGUUCUCUGGAGCGAGAUAUUCGGGCUUGGCCGCACGGGAAACACGAUCGUGGCUCUCGGUAAGUAGGUAGUUGAAGAGAAGAGAGAGGGUGAAGACUGGAAAGAGUUACCUUCCGUUUCUCGCGCUUUGCUUGUCGCGGAGUACUUGUCGGUCGCGAACGGUGAGAGACGUCGCGACGACGUUUCCGAGCACGUGCUCGCACGGUCGGUCGAUCAAUCGUAUCCAAACUACCACCAGUGUGAGAAAAAAAAAGCGUAGAGUUCGAACAGCGAGGCAUAGGCCGAGAAUCGAAGAAGGGAGAGAAAGUGCGGUCGUAAACUCGAACAGGUUCGGCGUCCGCGAAGAGAAGCCCACCCCGUUCAGGACAUGGGAGAUCGCUGUCGUUGUAUCCGUGCAAAUCGUCACAUUACAGGUCUUAGGAAUGCGGGAGCGGACGGUGGUGGCGAGGUGUUCGCGCUGGUGGUUGGUCUUUCUGGUCACGGUGGUGGUCGUCGCGCGAGUCGCGGGUGCGGACACGCUGCCGUCGUUGUCGUCGUCGACCACAUCGUCGCGAGUACAAUGUCCGGGUGGAUGCGAAUGCGCGCAGAACAACGGCGGCGGCGGCGGCGGUGGCAGUCUGGCGUGCGCGGAGCGCAAUUUCCUCGGCCUCGGUUUGCCGAAGGAUGCUACGAGCGUCUCGCUGAGAAAUGUCCGAGCGGCUGCCAUUCCGGUAGCAGCGUUGGAGACGUCUGCGAAGCUGCGAAACCUGCUGUGGACGUCGAGCGGCAUCGAGAGGAUAGAGUCCGGCGUGUUUCGCGUGGCAGUGCACCUCGAGCGGCUCGAUCUAGGUGAUAACCGACUGACCGAGCUACCGUCGGACGUCUUCCAUCCGUUGCACCAACUCCAGUACCUGAACCUCACGGGGAACAGGCUGGUCGCGCUACCGCGGCUCCUGUUUCACGGUUUGGAGCGCCUUCAGGAGAUCCGUCUGGCGACGAACCGGCUCUCCGUACUGCCCUAUCAGGCGUUCGCCCCCGCCAGGGAGCUCACGCGGCUCGAUCUCUGCAGUAACCUGUUGGUCUCCUUACCGGACCAUAGUUUUCGGCUGAACGAACAGCUGCAGGAGCUACGACUCGCCGGCAAUCGACUGACGAAGCUACCGUCGCGACUGUUCUCCGGCUUGGCGCGACUCAAGGUGCUCGAUCUCGCCGCCAACGAGAUCGACGCGCUGCCGCGCGGCCUCUUCAACGAGCUUACGGCCUUGGAGCACCUCGACCUCGAGGCCAAUCCGAUCACACGUCUGUCGGACGUCGCGUUUCAAGGCCUGACCGGUCUACGAUGGCUCGGCCUGAGUCACCUGCCGAUCGCGUCGCUACCCAAGGACCUGUGGCGACCCGUCAGUAGACUGAGGACCCUGCUGUUAUCCGGGACCAAACUGGAGAACCUUCGGAACGAGAAUCUAGCGGGCUUGAGCGAGUUGGAGACGUUGGAGAUGAAGGACAGCCCUCUGCGUGAGAUCGGUCAGCUAACGUUGAACGAGACACCGUCCCUGCGCCGGCUCGACCUGCGGAACAAUGACCUGGCCUUUCUGCCGGCGAAUGUCGCGCAUCUGUCGCUGCUGGACGAACUGCAGCUGCAGGGUAAUCCAUGGGCAUGCGACUGUCGCAUGUUCUGGUUCGUCAAGUGGACUGAAAGCAGGACGCAUCUACGUGCUGCCUUCCAGAGCGGACUCAAGUGCGGCCACGAAGUCGACGACGCCGAAGUGGACAUCUUUCACACCCUGCGCUACCUCAACUGCAGUGGGCCCACCUUAAUGAGGGCCACCAGCACCCAGCAAUACCUGCUGCUGAGCUCAGUAUUGCUCGAGUGCGAAUUCAACGGGAACCCUGCACCUUCGUUGACCUGGGUGACGCCAAACGGCCUGGUCUUCCAUUGGAUACCGGAUCCGGGCUUCCCCGACGGCUUCGUCGACCAUCCGCCGGUGCACAGCUGGCUGGCGAAUCCGCCGCCAAUCGAUGGCCGCAUACAGAUCCUGGAGAACGGCUCGUUGUACAUCAGAAUGCUGCUACGAGAGGACGUGGGUCUGUACAAGUGCACAGCGCACAGCCCGAUCGGCAAUUGCACCGUCUACGUGACGUUGCACAUGGAUCCGGUAACCUUGCACAACAUCAAGAUCCUCAGCAUCGUCAUUGGUGCGAUCAGCGCAGCGGCCUUCCUCCUGCUCACGUUGUUCUUGCAGUUGCUGCGGUACUUCUUCUUAAAGUGCGGAUGUAUCAAGUGGUGUUUGUGCUGUAGACGCGUGGGAGUGACUCCGAGGGCGAAGCAGAUUUACCAAAUGCUCGACAACAUCGAGCAGUACAAGAGCCAGCAGCUCGAACGACUGAGGGAGAACUACACGCAGCAGGUGCAUAGAAUCAAGGACAAUUGCGUCCAGCAAGUGGAGUGGAUUCGCGACAGCUACGAGGGGCAAAUGAGGCACAUACGGGAUAUACGGGACUACGGUACCAGUCAUUUGACCGCGCUGAGAGACCAGUAUUACGAUCAGGUGAAGAGGGUGCGUGACUACUCCACCAGCCAACUGAACUGGGUGCGCGAGAAUUACGUCUUCCAACGCAACAAGAUCCGUAAGUUCAGCGCCCACCAAGUGUUGCGGUUGCGCGAGAGCUACAAGUACCAGCAGCAGACGCUCAACAAGGUGCUGGAGAACCUGCCGAAUCUCUACUUCGACAACUGCCGGAGUGGUUCGUGCGGCAAGAGCGACUCUAUGGUCUUCGACCCUACCAAGGACGAUCUCAACGGGAUGGACACCUACUUCAAGGCGAAGACGCUCGACGACCUGGCGGCGGGUCCGAGUCAGGAGGAUGUCAACAGCGAGUACUACACACCGACGGAGCUGUCCUCGACCAGUCCGCACGGUCAGAACACGAUGGAGGGUAUUCACAUCAACUACAUCGAAGAGAGCGGCCCGCCGCAACCACCUCCACCGCCCACGAUUCUGCCCAUGCCGGCGAUGUUGCAAUGCAUCGACGAGUACGGUGGUAGUGCGUUGUCCGUGCGCAAGUACUACGACAACAAGUUGGUCUUCAAAGGCUCCGGCCCGGAGAUUCUGGCCAAGGAACCCCGACAGACCCCGGAGGCCAUAGGACUUCUAGCACCUAGCAACAGUCUACCUGAUCUUCCACGCGAGACCAAACUCUAGCGGAGAAAGCGAGGCAAAGCGUCGAGAACGGCCGGUGAAGAACGGGUUCCUGCUAUCGUUUAAGUCUAAUCAGAAUUAAAUAAAGAGAGAGAAAGAGAGAGAGAGAGAGAGAGAGAGAGAGAGACUCGAAUAAGACAAGGUGAGCGCGGAACGGAGGGGUCACCGCCUGCCUCUGUGUCCGGUAAUUGUGGGAAUUGUGUCUUCGAGGAGAAGCAGAGGAGAUAAAGGAGAUGGUACUAUUUGAAGCUUCUUCCGGGUUUGGAUGUACGACCGACGUCAUAGGAGUGCCCUCACGGGAUCGUUCGAGAAAAACUCGUGUCAGUGCCAAGAAACAGGAGAUCCAUCUGCCAAGAUCGAUGACUGUCGAUCGCAGUGUGUGCAUGUGUUAACUUUAGGAGAACAAAAAAAAUUGCGGACAGUUUCCAAGGGCUGGACUGGCCGAGCUGUUCGAUCAGUUGCCAACCUUGCAACCUGUCCGUCUUGCCGCAACGUGUGUUUCUUCGUCGAUGUCAUCGUUUUUGGAUGAUCACUCGAGAAGAUUAUAAGGAAAAAUGGGAAAACAAAGAAGAGAAAGAAAGAACAAAAAAAGAGGAGUAAGAAUGACGCGAAUUCGCGUCUUUGUCAAUUGGGCUGUAAAAAGAUCGAUUUCCUUUUACGAGCGCGAUACGGAGGGAGGGAGGGAGGGGGAGAAAGAGAGAGAGAGAGAGAGAGAAUAAUUUCGCCUAGCUGUCAAUUCCGCUCAUUCAAUUGACUCUCAUUCAAGUUGCGAUCUCCGAGUUCCCCCAUCGAGGAGUCGUGAUUUCUUAAUUCUGUAAAUAGGCGUGCGCGAUGUUUUACGUAUCAAUGGCUGCGAAAAGGGGAAAACGAAAAGUUUUCCAGGUCGGAUCUUCUUUUGCGAAAGACUGACGCGCGGCGGAAUCGUCUCGCCCGAUCGUUCGUUUUACAGUUGCUUUCUCCUUCUUCGUCUCGAUUUUCGUCUUGCGAGUAAGUAAACGCGGUGACGAGUCUCUUCGGCGAGAACGUAUACACGGUCGCUGGCGUUCGCUUGCUCGCGUUCCUUUGUUCCUUUUAUCGCUUGUGUUUAGCGAGAUAGAUUGAAAAUUGUCCGAGUAUAUACACAGAAGCGUGUCCUUAUUGAAGAGGGAAAGAAAACAAAUAUAGAAGAAGAGGAAGACAUACCGAUACCGAGAAGACAGUAUAACGAACGUACGUACUUAAUUUUCUAUCGUUGCACCAACAUAUCCAAUCGUUCGCGUGCAGAAGAAAGAAAGUGACAAAAAAUAGAAAUAGAGAAAUCAUAUAAAUAUAUAUAUAAAUAUAUAAAUAUAAAUAUAUAUAUAUAUAUAUAUAUAUAUAUAUAUAUAUAUAUAUAAAUAUAAAUAAAAAUAUAUAUCGGCUGUUGAUAUUUUCGAGUCGAGAAAGCAACAAAGACAUUGUAUUGUACAUUUUCGAAUCGUUCCGAUACGUUUUGCAACAAUGCGCCCCUUUGUUUCAAUAAAUCCUGUGACGGUGACGUCGCCAAAUA